ACCAAAGUUUAAGUGGUCUCGUGACUCUUCAAUAUUGUUUGUACAGCAACAAUAUUCAAUUAAAAGUUCAUAUGACCACCCUGCAGGUUACUUGUGAUUCAUUCAUACUUUAAAGCAGGGGUAGACAAUUCAGUUUCCUGAAGAGCCACAAUAUGUCGUGAGUGUUGUGAUGGACUGUCAAGCAAAAGACAGCACAAAUGAAAAACUACUUACAUUUUAUGCUGAAUACAUUGCAAAACAAGUUCAAAACACAACAAUAUAUGCUUAACUUAUAUUAUUUGAUUUAUAUAUUUUUUUCCUUUAUCUUUAUUUACAUUUUAUUUUCAAUAGAAUUUUAGAUUUACCAUUUUCUGUGCUUAAGCGAAUAUGGGAGGAAACUGGGGUGCCAGGAUGGUGACCCAGAUUGAACCUUCAGCACCAGCACAUCACCUUUAAUAAAUCAGAGAUAAUGGUAGGUUUGGACUGUUGGGGUAUAGAUAUUGGCUACUGGCGCCAUUUAAGUAUUUGAUUCUUCCCCGUUUUCAUUUUCAACUGUCUGAUAAAAAGAGCCUGUCCCUCCUUCUCUUUCACACUCCACCGCCUUUCCUCGCAGACUUCUGAUAGGGCAGACGGAGAGUUAACAGAGGAGAGAGAACUGGCAGGAGGAGGGAAGGGAGGGGGAGAAAUAGAGUCGGAUACAAGACGAGGACGGAAGUAGAGAGAAAGAGACGCUUCAGGUGUGUGGAGUUGAGUGGCGGACUUCUGGUUGAGAAAUAUCGAGCCUGGACGGACCACGUGUUUGAAAAGAAGUGUAGUUGAACUUUGUUAGUUAGUUUGGCUUCUGUGACGGUCUCUACAAAUCAUGGCUCUUUUGAACAACGGCGCGCAAAACAUGGGCUCCUACUUCUGCCUCAUACGCCGAAGGUUCAAGAGGAGGCGAAAGAAACGAUCUGAGCGCAAAGGUGUGGCAGCACUGAGGUCCCUCGCAGCUCAAGCCAGGCCAGUCAACAUGGACAUAGAUGAGGAGGAGAAUAUGAGUUCGAGCAGCACCGACGUAAAGGAAAACCGAAACCUGGACAACCUGUCCUGCAAAGAAGGAGUGGGGGUGGCUGAACAGCUCCCCAAUGGCAGCGGCCCCGGCAGCCGAAAGAGGCCUCUCGAGGAAGGAAACAAUGGCCACUCGCACUCCAAGUUCAGAGCCAAGAAGCGCAAGAAAACUCCAGGGCCGGUCCUGCCCAAGAACGCUCUCAUGCAGUUGAAUGAGAUCAAACCGGGUCUUCAGUACAAACUUUUGUCACAGACCGGACCGGUCCACGCCCCAGUUUUUGUCAUGACUGUUGAGGUCAAUGGACAGUUGUUUGAAGGCAUGGGUCCCACGAAAAAGAAGGCCAAACUGAAUGCAGCAGAAAAAGCCCUACGGUCGUUCGUUCAGUUCCCCAACGCUUCUGAGGCGCACCUCGCCAUGGGCCGAACGCUGACCGUGAACACUGACUUCACUUCCGACCAAGCCGAUUUCCCAGAUAUGCUCUUCAAUGGUUUUGAGACACCAGCCGUACCGGAGGAGUCUUUCUAUCUUGGCUCCAAUGGCAGCAGCACUUUAGCCUCACUAGGCGAAUACCCACUGCCCACAGCACCUGGCAGCAACCUCGCCCAGGCCCCUUUGCCCCCUCCGUCAGCAUUUAGCUCCCCAUCCAGUGGGAAAAACCCUGUCAUGAUUCUCAAUGAACUCAGGCCCGGCCUCAAGUAUGACUUUGUGUCCGAGAGUGGCGAGAGUCAUGCCAAGAAUUUUGUGAUGUCAGUGACUGUGGAUGCUCAGACUUUCGAAGGCUCUGGCCGCAACAAGAAGUUGGCCAAAGCACGGGCAGCACAAGCAGCGCUUUCAGCUCUCUUCAACAUGCAGCUGGACCAGACGCCGUCUCGGCAACCCAUACCAAGAGAGGGACUGCAGCUUCACCUUCCGCAGGUUCUGGCUGAUGCAGUUUCCCGCUUGGUGGUGGAUAAGUUCAGUGAACUGACUGACAACUUCACCUCCCCCCAUGCACGGAGAAAAGUUCUGGCCGGGGUUGUCAUGACAACAGGCACGGAUGUUAAAGAGGCACAGGUCAUCUGUGUUUCCACAGGAACCAAAUGCAUCAACGGUGAGUACAUGAGCGACCGCGGCCUGGCCCUGAAUGACUGCCACGCGGAGAUCAUCGCACGUCGCUCGCUCAUGAGAUACCUAUACACGCAACUGGAGUUCUACCUCGGCAACAACAAGGAGGAACAUCAGAAGUCAAUAUUCACACAUUGUGAAAAGGGAGGCUACAGGUUAAAGGACAACAUUCAGUUCCACCUCUACAUCAGCACUUCACCCUGCGGAGACGCCAGGAUCUUCUCUCCACAUGAGGCGGGAGUUGAAGACCAGGGAGACAGACAUCCCAAUCGAAAAGCUCGGGGACAGCUGAGGACCAAAAUUGAGUCGGGGGAAGGGACCAUUCCAGUAAGAUCCAGCAACACCAUCCAGACCUGGGAUGGAGUGUUGCAAGGGGAGAGACUACUCACCAUGUCAUGCAGCGAUAAAAUUGCAAGGUGGAAUGUUGUGGGUAUCCAGGGGUCGCUGAUGAGCUACUUCUCAGAGCCAAUCUACUUCUCCAGCAUCAUCCUGGGCAGCCUGUACCACGCCGACCAUCUCUCCAGAGCCAUGUACCAGCGUAUCGCCGACAUCGAGGACCUGCCACAGCAGUUCACCCUCAACAGACCUCUCCUCAGCGGUAUUAGUAAUGCAGAAGCUCGGCAGCCUGGGAAAGCCCCCAACUUCAGCGUGAACUGGACGGUGGGCGAUCAGGCCCUGGAGGUUAUCAAUGCAACCACUGGCAAGGACGACAUGGGCCGUGCCUCGCGCCUCUGCAAACACGCCCUCUACAGCCGCUGGGUCCGCCUCCACUCCAAGCUCUCCUCCGUCCUCCGGAUCAAGGUCCAGAAGCCCAGUUCUUACCAUGACGCCAAGCAGGCGGCCACAGAGUACCACUCUGCCAAGCAGGCGCUCAUCAAGGCCUUCCACAAGGCGGGUCUCGGGGCUUGGGUGAAAAAGCCCAUUGAGCAAGACCAGUUCACUCUUAGCUCCUGAGGGAGACUCCCCUCUCUCCUCAUGCUGGACCCUGACCCCAGUUACCAGCCGGCCCAUUCUGACUCUUACCUCCGUCCAUGUCUUUGCACAUAUGAAGGUGUGGAUUUAAACUGUCUCAUCCAACAUCCAUGUCAUCGUCGCAGCCAUUCCUCCGAGGACCCAUGUGUCCGUCAUCGCCGUUCUUCUUUUCUCAUGUUAAAACUGGAAUCCAUGUUUCUCUCUUCCUUUGCCUCUUUUUUUUUUUUUAUUUUCCAUAGCAGUAGAAAGCCGUGACAUCCUCACCAGAGUUUGGACCUAGAGGUGUAUUUAAUAAAGAUAGUAACGAUAAUCUGCAAUUUAUUUAAGAAUGAUAGUCUUCAGGAUGUAAAUGUAGCUCAAAAAAAAGACAAAGAAUGACAUGACGUCAUUGCCUCAUAUGUUAGAAGACUUGUUCCUAGCGUGUUUUAUUAAACGUUGUUUGAACCAUCUGCUGAUGAGUUUGAUCGAUCCAUGUUUGGUUCUGUUUACAUUCGUUCAUUCAUUUUUCUUUACUCAGUCUCAUGUCAUACUUGAACAAUGAGGGGUCACGCCGAGUGUCAUGUAGCCCCCCCACCCCCGACCCCUCCACCUCACCUAGGGAAACUUUUCGAAGGUGCUGCCUGUUGUUCAGUUUGUUUCCUUCCUUUAUCCGAGCCAUGGCUUUGCAUGGGAACUGAGCUGGGAGCAGCAGACGUGUGUGAAUGAAUGAAUGCCAGCAUAACUCCUCCACAGGCAGCUUUGAAUCUCUGUCUCUUUUCUAGAUUUCUUGUGAUUGUGUCAUUGAAGGGGGGUCGUGUCUCGUUUCGUUUUUUUCCCCUCCUUAAAUUGGGCAUUUAAGGAUUUGUACUGCAGCUGUAAAGAAAUAUCGUUUCCAGAGUGUCACUUUGUUGCAGGGAUUCACAGCAACAGCCCACAAUAUUGAAGUUAUCCACAGCCCAGUGUGGUUGUGCGGCACUGACGUAAACAUUACAACUGGUUUCAGACCCAAACAUUUUUUUUAGCUUUCUCAAAGUUGACUUUUGUUUCCCCUAUGUAUCACAAAUGUAGGUUGAUGGUGUGAAUCCCUCCGAAACUGUCAGUAGUUUACGGCCUUGUGUCUCACAGUGAUGUCACUUUAGAAACUCCACCCGCACCCCAGAAGCUCUCUAGCCACCUCGUCCAGGCUGCGGUGUUUCAGGCUCGUCGCCACUGCAGAGAAUUAAUGUCCCCGUUGUUGAAACGUAGAUGUGUGUGCUCAGGCUGCUCCAAACAUACUCUGGAAUCUUCACCAAAGACGAUGUCCAUGUGUGUUCCUGCCACCGUGUAUUUGCUUUUCCGAUCUUUAUUUUUUUUAUUUGUACAGACACUGUACAUUGGAGGAUGGACGCGGCGGUCCGGCUUCUUUAGUGCAUCUGUAGCGACUUGUGGGCGCCAGUGGGGCUGGACCGGCCUCCAAGAGACGAUCCCGUGCAACUGUAUAGACAUCUCUGGCUGCGUGUUGAUGUUUGUUUGUCGUGACGCUGACUCACCGGGCAACACUCAGCAUGGCGCCAACACUGCCGUGAUUGUUUCGGGGGUGCUCCUCUCCCUUUGUAGCCGCCCAUGUGUAAAGAAUACAAAAUGUAUAUGCAACUCUUCUCGACCAGCCGGCACAUGUCAUCAUGUAACUGUGUCAUCAUUUCUUUUUCAUGAGUGACCCAAAAGCAGGAACUGGGAUGGUUGGAAGUUGGGUGCGCCCCUUUUUUGCAAAAGGACCCACACACCAAAGUCACAUGCAAAUGUCUCCUUUAAUGUCACGCCAUCUCGAUCAGGAGUCCUCACCUUCCUCCCUCACCCCCUGAGUUUUCUACGCCCCCUGAAAGACUGCCUGCUUGUAGAUUUGUAUUUUACUUUUGAAUGCACUAAAGAUGUCAACUGAUGAUGUCAUGAUAUGAGGCCGCCCCGCCUGUUUUGGACGGUAAGGCAACUAUCACAGCAAGAACUGAACUGCAUCUGCUCUCAACCCCUUUGUGAAUCCUUGAUGAUGAUCAGUGUCCCCCACCUCACCCUCCUCUCUCUCCCCCCCCCACAGGGGUUUCUGUUUUUAUUUGAUUUCGUUUUUUGGCCCAGAGGUCGACGCCCUGGGAUUAGAACUCCCCCCACACACACCGACCCCCUCUGAUGUGUGAAUUCCUCUGCUGACAAAAUCUACGAUCCUUGCAUGUUCAACACUGAUGCUGCACCUCGCAUGAUGAAAAGGAUUCCUGUAGAAUAAAAAGAUAAAGAUAGAUAUAAAAAAGGAACAAAAGAAUAAAAGAGUUCUUAGUUUA